GGCACCACGUGACCAGCGUGCACUAACGCGUCACCACGUAAACACGCACGUUUGGUUCGUGGUUGCGUUACUUCAUUAUAAAUUAUACGCUGUCUAAUAAUUCAGCGAAUAGACGCCUAAUAAACACUUAAUAAAGCGUUAUGAAGGUGAAAGUGCUUUGUCGGAACCCGGACGAUUAUGUUCGAGAAACUUCAAAAGAUAUACAGCGCGUUCCCAGGAAUUACGAUCCUACUCUUCAUCCGUUUGAGGUCCCGAGGGAAUACACCAGAGCCCUGAAUGCCACUAAGCUCGAUCGGCUGUUCGCGAAGCCCUUCGUGGCGUCACUGGACGGCCACAGAGACGGCGUCAACUGCAUCGCCAGGCACACCAAGAGUCUCUCCACUGUGCUGUCCGGAGCUUGUGAUGGACAGGUAAAGCUUUGGAACCUGAGCAAGCGGGAAUGUCUGCGAACGAUCCAAGCGCAUGAAGGCUUCGUCAGGGGAAUAUGCUCACGCUUUUGUGGAACUUCGUUUUUCACGGUAGGAGACGAUAAGACCAUUAAGCAAUGGAACAUGGAGGCCCCUGGUUAUGGGGUGCAGGAGGAACCACUGACUACUAUACUUGGGAAGGCUGUGUACACAGGCAUUGACCAUCACCAGAGUGAAGGCACUUUCGCAACAUGUGGCCAGACGGUGGACAUCUGGGACGAGCAGAGGAGCAGCCCCAUUCGUUCUUUCAGCUGGGGUGUGGACAGCUUCAGCUGCGUUCGAUAUAACCCCGUGGAGACUGAACUCCUUGCCAGUUGCGCCUCGGACAGAAGUAUUGUACUGUAUGAUACGAGAGAGUCGGCUCCACUUAAAAAGGUUGUAAUGCAAUUGAGAAGUAACACACUUUGCUGGAACCCCAUGGAAGCAUAUAAUUUCACAUGCUCCAAUGAGGACUAUAAUCUGUACACCUAUGACAUGAGGCGUCUGGACACACCAGUUACAGUACACAUGGACCAUGUCUCCGCUGUGCUUGAUGUGGACUACUCGCCCACGGGAAGAGAGUUUGUGUCAGCCAGUUUUGACAAGACGGUUCGCAUCUUCCCCAAACACAGCGGCCACAGCAGGGAGGUGUACCACACCAAGCGCAUGCAGCACGUCAUCUGUGUGAGAUGGUCAGCGGACGACAAGUACAUCCUGAGCGGCUCAGACGAGAUGAACAUCCGCAUCUGGAAGGCCAAUGCCUCGGAGAAACUGGGAGUGCUCACAGCUAGAGAAAAGGCCGCCAUACACUACAACCAGAAGCUGAAGGAGAAGUUCCAGCACCACCCGCAGGUGAAGCGCAUCGCCCGCCAUCGCCACCUGCCCAGAGACAUCUUCAAACAGAAACGAGAGCUACGGGAGAUGAAGGAGGCCAGACGCAGGAAAGAACAAAACGUACGCAAACACAGCAAGCCGGACUCCGUUCCCUUGGUGACCGAGAAGGAGAAACAUGUGGUAACUGUAGUGGAAUAACACGUCACUGCCUAGAGGAGCUUCAAUCACACACACACACAUUCAUAUAAAAAGACUUUUUGCUCCAUGCAGCUGUGCGGUGUUGCCAUUCCGAGACAUUUUCAGCAAUUACUGCUGGUUCAAUUUGUCUACAUUGUGGUGGACUGUCUCGAACAGCUGCAGCAGUCAUGUUCAUUAGGGGGCGUCGUGUUCUUUACCGGGAUAUGAUUAGCGAUUGUUAACUUUUGAGAACUGCUUGAUGUCAUUAAUCUUAUUCAAGAACAUUUUUCGUUUUCCACUCAGCAGGAUGUCAAGUAAUAAAAUAUUGACUUUAUAUAAUAA